AUUUCAAUUCCACCUUUCCGGAGUCUCCUCUUCGCGGAGGAGUCAAUUCACCACUUUUUUUUACUUUUACUUUUGUUUCUGGCGACGUACGUGACAAUAAGGCGCUCGUGGACGACGACAACUAACUCAUCGUUCCAGAUGAAAUGGCCACUCGCUUGGCGUCGAAUGGCACUUUAAACGACGCGGAGGAGCUGACAAAACAGCUGAGUGAAGCUCUGAGCAUCGGGAAUGAAGAGGAGGCGGUCACACUGAGCCUGAAGUUGUGCCGACUUUCUCUGCCGGUGUGCGUCAGCAUUAGCAGCCCGGUGUACCCUGCGGACGUCAUCAGGUUGGCGGUGGGUGUGGAAGACGCAGAGUCCAACGCCGCAGUGUUGGUGACUGUGAUGGUUACGUGCGGAAUGACCAUCUCCCAACUCAAAGACGAGUUCAACCAGAUAUACGGCUUCCACCCGACGCUGCAGCGCUGGAUGAUCGGGAAGCGCUUGGCACGCGACCACGAGACGCUGCACAGUCACGGCGUUCGCAGCGACGGCGACUGGGCUUUCCUGUUUAUCGUGUCUGCCCACGCUUCUCAUCUCACGUGGCAGCGGCACCAUCUGAACGAACAGCAGCGUCGCCUUGAGGGCAUCACGGAAGAGACGAUUAAAGCGAUUUCCAAAGGGAAUGAUGGGGAGAAGUCUCCUUCAGCGGUGUUGCCACCUCUUCCUCCUCCUCCCCUUCCUGCUCCUGCUCCUCCUCCUCAUCCUCCUCCUCUUCUUCCUCUUCCUCAUCGUCCUCCUCCUCCUCCUCCUCCUCUUCUUCCUCUUCCUAAUCGUCCUCCUCCUCCUCCUCCCCUUCCUCCUCCUCGAGUUAAACCUCCCCCGCAUCAGCCGGGCUGGGCGUGUCCUCGUUGUACAUUCGUCAACAAGCCAACUCGUCCCGGAUGUCAGCUGUGCGGCGAGGAGAGGCCAGAGGAUUACCACGUCCCUGAAGGCCACAAACCGGUCGGGGACGAGGCUAAGCGGCUUCAGAGGGAGAUGCGGGCCAUGUUCCUUUCAGAAAAGCGCUUAAAGGUUCAGAAAACAAAGCGACAGCUCAACUACUUGCAAUUGCUGCAGACCGACGAUCUGAACAUCGUUCCCACUACCUCAGAGACUAACUGUCCCAUCUGCUUCUGUGCUCUGGAGCCAGGCAUGGGCGUGGUGCUCAGGGAGUGUCUGCACACCUUCUGCAGGGAAUGUUUGCGGGGGACCAUCAUGAACUGUCAGGAUGCUGAGGUGUCCUGUCCCGAGCGGUGCGAUAUGAAGCUCGUCGAUCGAGAGAUCAAAGCGCUGCUCACGGAGCAGGAGCACGAGCGUUUUCUGGAACGACGUCUGCUUGUCGCCGAGAGGCGCCUUGAGCGCACCUUCCACUGUCGCACGCCCAACUGUCGAGGCUGGUGCAUCUAUGAGGACGCAGUCAACCAAUUCCACUGUCAGCUCUGCGGCCAAGUCAGCUGCAUUAUCUGCAUGGCUAUUCAUGAGGACAUGAAUUGUCAGGAGUAUCAAGAGGACCUCCGCAUCCGGGCGGAAAAUGAUGAGGAGGCGCAGCAGACGCAACAGCUGCUGAAGCUCUUGCUACAGAGCGGCAAGGCCAUGAAUUGUCCGAAGUGCAACAUAGUCUUCCAGAAGAGAGACGGCUGCGAUUGGCUCCGCUGCUCUGUGUGCAGGACGGAAAUCUGCUGGGUGACCAAACAAGCUCGCUGGGGACCCGACGGAAGAGGAGACACAUCCGGAGGCUGUAAAUGCCGAGUGAAUAAUCAGCGGUGCCAUCCCAACUGCAUCAACUGCCACUGACGCGCUUGUGCCGUUAUGUCAGAGGUUCUCCAACUUUUUGGGUCCGGGGAGCCCUCACAGGGGAGAAAGUACGAGGACACCCUUAUUAUCCUAAUGGCAAUUAAACAUAACGACUACAUGUACCUCAAAAUGCCAGAGACAUUAAAAAGGGACCUAUUUUCGAGAAACUACUACUACCUUAUAUCGCCAACUAUGGCAUACGCGAACCAACUAUUCAGGGAAUACGCUCUUAUUUUUAUAUACAACUAUGAUGCAGCAAAUACGGUAUUGUAUAAACUAUGCACUUUCCCCCCUGUAUUUUACCUUUGUUUUUAUUAGACUGUUAAAAAAGAAAAACAUUAUAUGAGGGUCAAUAUAUCACUGCCAUUAUGGAGUAAGAAAGAAAACCUGCCAUUUUCAGUGAUAUUUUGUCUUUCUUGAAUAGCGGCUAAAACACUUGAUGGUUGCAGAAUAAAUAUGUGCCCCUUG